AUGUCUGGGCUGAUGGGAAAUGGUACGGUGCCGUCUCUCCCGCCGCCGCAGCCCAAGUCGCCGCCGGAGCUGUACGGACGGCGGAGGGAUCUGGCCAAGGUGCAGAUACUGGAGAGAGAAAUUGGUUUUCUUGAGGAAGAACUAAAAUCUAUCGAGGGCCUUCAGCUGGCUUCAAGAUCAUGUAAAGAGGUUGUGGAGUUUGUGACGGCUAAUGUGGAUCCUCUCAUACCCACAACAAAGAAGACUCGAAGAUCAUGCCGAUUCUGGAAAUGGCUCUGUGGAGGAUUAUCGUGUUUCAAAGUUUCGUGGAUUUGCUGUCUUGUGGCGAUCCAUGUGGCGAGUGCCGAAUGCCCAAAUGCAGCUGCUUAUUCUCAUGCUGUAACAUAUCCAAAUGCAGCUGCUGCUCGAGACCAAAGUGUUCGUCUUGUCCGACUUGCUCUUGCACGAGCUGUAAAUGCUGUCCUAAAUGUUUCAGGUUGA